AUGGGCUACAACUCGAUGGCUGAGACGGCGGCUGCACAUUUACAGCAGCUGCUGCCGAAGGGCGACGCCGCCUCGGUGGCAGAGGUGCUGGAGGCCAUGGUCAGCGGGGGCGUUCAGCUUGAGAAGAUCCCUGGGCGAUUGCUGAAAGUAGAGGGCGCUCCCUUUGCCACAGUGGCCUCCGUAGUGGCCGGCCUCGGGGAGCGGGGCAUCGAGGGCGAGGAGAUGCAGGCCUGCGCGCGCAUGGUGCGCCGCCAGUCCCUGGAGGCGCUGCCCCCAUCGCUGCUGCUGCGGCUGCUGGUGGCAGCCACCAAGUCUCGGCCAGUGGCCACGGAGGUGCUGGAUGCUUCAGCCUCUGCGGCGGCGCUCGUCCUGAACGCCUUCAGUAUGGAGGACGCUUCGAAGCUGUUGCUGGCGGUGGCAAAGGCCAAGGCCGGCGCCGAAGGCGCCGGCGUGCGUGACCUCUACGAGCGAGCUGCUGAGGUCAUCCCACCGAAGCUGUCGGAGCUCUCCAGUGUGCAGCUCAUCAAGGUGGUGCUGGCGGUGACGAAGGUGGAGGCCUGCCGUCCCUUGCUGGAGGCGGCAGCCACCACCGCCACCACCAGGGUUAGCGACAUCCAGCCCUCGCAGAUGAUGCUCCUCAUGCAGGGCCUGCUGCCAUUAGGAGGGGACCACCCGGCGCUGAAUACGAUGGCGGACAACUGGGCUGCAAGCUUCUACGAAGCUACCCGGUUGGAGGGGCUGCUGGGCCCGGACUCCAUUGACACGCGGCGGAAGGAGUUGGAAGGCAAAGGCCAGCUCACCGCAGACCAGCUCGCCAAGCUGGCGCUCGUGGUGGCGCCGGUCAUGCCGAAGCACCAAUCCUUCUGGAACGCUUUGGGCAAGAGGCUCCGGGAGAUGCCGGAGGACCUGAGUGAUGCGGGCGUGGCCAACCUGACGAAGGCGGCCUUCCCCGACGGAGGCGGCCCAGACUUCGAGAAGAAGGAGAAGAUCCUCAAGAAGGCCUACAAGGAGGGCGGCGGAGCGCCAAAGGAGAAGAAGGAUGAGAAGGACAAAGACCGCCGGUCCCGGGACCGCGACCGGUCCCGGGAUCGGGACCGCGACCGUGACCGAUCUCGUGAUCGGGAGAAAGACCGGGAUAGAAGGGAAAAGGAGAAGGAGAAGGAAAGAGAAAGAGAGCGGGAGAAGGACCGCAUGGAGCGCGCUCCGCGCACGGAGGAGGAGAUUGAAAGAGACAGAAGGCAGAAGGAGGAAAUCCGGCGGGCAGAGCGCGAGCGUGCCUGGGACAUCGAGCGUGAGAGGGAGAAGGAGAGAGAGAAGGAGCUCGAGAGGCGGAAGGAGGCAAGAAAGCAAAUGGAAAGAGAGAAGGAGGAACGUCGGAAGGAGAAAAAGUCGAAGAAGAAGAAAGACAAGAAGAAGGACAAGAAGGGCAGCUCCAGCAGCGACAACGUGCAGCUCACGGGGCUGGUGGGGGCGGAGAAGCCGGCGGCCAAGCCGACGGCGGCCAAGCCGACGGCGGCCAAGCCGACGGCGGCGAAGCCGACGGCGUCCGCCCAGGUUUCCGUGGAUGUGGACGACGCGGUGGACACGCAUCCUCUCGACUUAGAUGGCGACGAUGGGGCCAUUGAGUUGGACGAGGAGCCAACGAGACAGGCCAAGCGGGCUGCUGCCAAAGCAGAGGCAAAGAAAGCGGCUGAAGCCAAGGCGAAGCCGGCAGAGGCGCCAAAGCCAACCGCGCCUCCGGAGGCACCAGAGAAGCUGAAAGCCGUGUCUGUGGAGGACCUCGAUGACGGCGUCGAGGCCAAGCAGGCUGCUGCCAAUGCAGAGGCAAAGAAAGCGGCUGAAGCCAAGGCGAAGACGGCAGAGGCGCCAAAGCCAACCGCGCCUCCGGAGGCACCAGAGAAGCUGAAAGCCGUGUCUGUGGAGGACCUCGAUGACGUCGACGUCGAGGCCACAGUCCUGGAGAAGGAGCCUCGCAGACAUCCUGAGAAGAGGAAGGCCGCAACCCCAGCCAAUGGCGCUGCCGGCGCCGGCGCCAGCGCCGCGGGCGCUAAAGGCGGAAGCGUGGUGGAUAUCCUGGAUGAGCCCAGCGCGGAGCAGCGUAAAGCUGCCCGCCGCGCGCGGCGGGAGGCAGAGGUGGAGCCCAAGGACGCCGUGAACAUGUGCGAUCUGGACUUGGAAGGUCCUGCGCUGGCAUCCAUUGACAUUGACUGA